UCCACACACCCCUUCGUCUUUCUUCAUCCUUUCAAAGUCAUCUCAACAUGACCUCAAAACUCUUCAUAGCCGUGGCCACUAUCGUCCUCUUCUCGGCAGUCCUCAUUGUGCAAAACCCUUUCAACGGCCAGCUUCGGCAAAUGGAAGUUGUGCCGAUUGAUGCGGUCGGACCUGAAAGUGUAGCAUUCGACCCACUUGGAGAUGGUCCCUACGUUGGAGUAUCGGACGGUCGGAUCAUCAAGUGGCAACCAAAUGAACAUCGGCGGAUCAAUUUUGGCACGACUUCCCAAAACAGAGAAGGGUGCGAAGGGCAACAGGAUCAGGAAAGAAGAGAGCAUAUUUGCGGGCGUCCAUUGGGACUGUGUUUCAACGAGGCAAGCGGUGAGCUUUACAUCGCGGAUGCAUACAUGGGACUGCUAAAACUCGGUCCCGAAGGAGGGUUGGCCACUCCCAUUGCGACGCAUGCCGAAGCUAUCCCUUUCGGAUUCACCAAUAGCUUGGACAUCAACCAAUCUGAUGGAACCAUCUAUUUUACCGACAGCUCUUCUCUUUACCCAAGGAGGAAUUACAUAUCAGUGGUUCUAAGUGGGGACAAAACAGGAAGGCUGAUGAAAUACGAGCAGGCAAGCAAAGUCACCGUCCUCCUAUCCACUCUUUCAUUCCCAAACGGAGUGGCAUUAAACAAAGACGGCAGCUUUCUCGUCUUCGCCGACACCACCAAUUGCCGAAUCCUAAAGUACUGGCUAACGACACCCAAAGCCGGAAAACUGGAAACUUUGGCACAACUGCCAGGAUUUCCAGACAACAUCAAAAGAAGCCCCAGAGGAGGAUUUUGGGUGGCGAUACAUUCACCAAGAAACAAGAUGGUGUCAUGGAUUCUUUCGUGUCCAAAGCUAGGCAAUGCUCUGAUUCGGCUACUGCCUGUGGACGCCAUUACCAAGGCGCAUUCGGUUUUGGCCAAGUUUAGAGCGAGUGGGUUGGCGAUGAGGAUAAGUGAAGAGGGUGAAGUUUUGGAAACUGUACAGCUUAAAAUGAGUUCCAUUAGUGAAGUGCAAGAGAAAGGUGAUCAUUUGUGGAUUGGAUCAAUUAAUAUGCCUUUCCUGGGUUUGUAUAGGAUCUAAACAUUUUAAUACCCAAUUGCGAGGAAAGUGAAAGAAAAUAAAACAUAAUUUAUAUUUU